GACGCGAGCCAAGCCGCAGCGGCAGCAGCAGCAGCGAUGGCAAUGGAGAGGCUUAUCUCUUCGCCGCUCCUCCCGCGCCCGCCUCCCCGGCCCCGCGCCUUCUCCUCCCGCCCGCCGUCCCUCGCCGCCGCGCCUCCCAACCGCGCCGGAGGAGGCGCCGCCGCGUUCGGCUUCAGGCCGCCGCUCGCCUCGCUCCUCCUCUCCAGGCACCACCAACACCAGCCUCCGGUCCUCGCGGCUGUGGACAGCCCUGCCGAGGCACCCGCCGCCGCCGGCGAGGCUGCCCCGCCCAACGCCGCGAGCCGACGCUUCCUCCACAAGGUGACGUCGGCUGCGGCUGCCACUCUAUUGACGGCGAUUGUUCUGACGCUGAUUCAGCCGGCGUUGGCGCCGCCGGCGUUCGCGUCGUUCCACUCCGCGGCGAAUGCGGGAGGUGGCAUCUUCAAGUCGGAGCUGCUAAGCAGCGCGUGGACGGGCUUCCUGGCGGGAUGCCUGCACACGCUCUCCGGCCCGGACCACCUCGCCGCGCUGGCGCCGCUGUCCAUCGGGAGGUCGCGGAUGGAGAGCGCCGCCGUGGGCGCGCUCUGGGGCUGCGGCCACGACGCCGGCCAGGUCAUCUUCGGCCUGCUGUUCCUCAGCCUCAAGGACCGCCUCCACAUCGAGGUCAUCCGGACGUGGGGCACCCGCGUCGUCGGCCUCACGCUGCUCGUCAUCGGCGCCCUCGGCAUCCGGGAGGCCACCGAGGUGCCGACGCCGUGCGUCGCGCUGGAGAACGGCGGCGGCGACUGCGCCACCACCACCACCGCCCACCGUGGCCCGCUCGACGCGCUACCAACCAGCAGGAAGAAGAUCACCUUCGCCACGUUCGCCACCGGCAUCGUGCACGGCCUGCAGCCGGACGCGCUCAUGAUGGUCCUGCCGGCGCUCGCCCUCCCGUCGCGCAUCGCCGGCGCCGCGUUUCUUGGCAUGUUCCUCGUCGGCACCGUCGUCGCCAUGGGCAGCUACACCGUCCUGAUCGGCUCGUGUACGGAGGCGCUCAGGGAGAGGGUUCCUAGGAUCACGGAGAAGCUGACAUGGGCCGCCUCGCUCGUGGCCAUAUCAAUGGGGCUUGGCAUCCUCAUCAGCCAGUCUCUUGGGUUUAGCUUGUACUGAUUUCGCCGCCUUCUUCGCCAUUGUUGGAGCUUCGCUGCCACGGUAGGAAUCUGCUACGAGAAUUUUGUAAUGUUGCAUUGUUCAGAACCAGGAGAAUUCAAGUUUAGUUCACCAGAAAAAAAAAGGCUUUGUUGAGAAUUGCUUAGCUGAAGUGAGAUGAGUAACAUGAGUUCUUGUUACCCCAAAUGUAUUUGCAUAUUUGCAUGUACUUAAAAAAGGAUUUGGUUAAGAACAAUUCAGUGUCCUUAGGA